GCGUAUUUCAACAGGUCAUGAAAGGGGCGGGACUUCCUGUUGAACACUCACUGCUUGAAGGACACCAGUUCAGUCGGAGAAGAGGUUUAAUUCGCGAGCAUCAUGGCUGGUCACGACUCCGGGACACACCAAUUCACAGGCAUCGCCAAGUACUUCAACUCCUACACCAUCACAGGAAGGAGGAAUUGUGUCUUGGCCACAUAUGCCAGCAUCGCUGCCAUUAUCCUGUUCUUCAAACUGAAGCCCAAGAAGGAGAAGGCUGUAACAGCGAGCUAAUGUAUUAUAAAAGGUUUUGUGAUUUUUGCUGUACAGGAUGAAGAUUCAGUAACCAGUUGUCUUGAGUCACAAUGUUAAAUAAAAUUAUUCCAAACUCAAACAAUGAAAA